AAAAAAAAACAAAAGAAAGUCAAUCAGAGAGUAGGGGAGAGUCCGAGAGAGCAGCAGCCAAAGGCAACCAAAUCAAACCCAAAAAGACAACAAAACGAAGAAGAGCCUGUCCCUUGCAACUCUCCAAAGGAUCACUCUCUUCCAUCAAACUUCUCUAUAUUACUAUUACUCCUCCCUCUUUCUUAACGCCUUUCUCAUCCCCUCUCUCUCUCUCUCUCCUCUCUCUCACUAAUGGCUCUCUCCACUCUGUCUCAGAUUUCCGUCACUGUUCCGGUCGGAAACGAUUGCUCCCUCAGAAGAUCUGUGUUCAAGACUAAUAACAUAAGCUUCUCCGAUAAAUUAUGGGUGAUACCUACCUUGUCUUUGAACUUCAAGACAAAGAAUGGGCGGUCAAGAGAUCAUCAAAUACUGUGCAUGUCAGUGCAACAAGCAUCCACACCUAAGGUUUCUGUUUCUCCAUUAAAUCUUGAAGAUGCCAAAGAGACCCCUUUGAAUAUAUACAAGCCUAAGGGACCAUACACAGCAACUAUUGUUUCCGUUGAGAGGCUUGUGGGCCCAAAAGCUCCUGGAGAGACUUGCCAUAUUGUGAUUGAUCAUGGUGGCAAUGUUCCUUACUGGGAAGGACAAAGUUACGGUGUAAUUCCUCCGGGUGAGAACCCAAAGAAACCUGGAAGCCCACAUAAUGUUCGUCUUUAUUCAAUUGCAUCCACCAGGUAUGGAGAUUUUUUCGAUGGUAAGACGGCCAGUUUGUGUGUGCGCCGUGCUGUUUAUUAUGACCGUGAGACAGGGAAAGAAGAUCCUUCAAAGAGUGGUGUAUGCAGCAACUAUUUGUGUGACUCGAAACCUGGAGAUAAAGUUAAAAUCACAGGCCCCUCUGGCAAGAUAAUGCUUCUGCCCGAAGAUAACCCGAACGCCACCCACAUAAUGAUUGCUACCGGCACUGGUGUCGCUCCCUACAGAGGCUAUUUACGCCGCAUGUUCAUGGAGUCCGUUCCAACAUUCAAGUUUGGUGGCCUUGCUUGGCUAUUUCUUGGGGUGGCCAACACUGACAGUCUCCUCUACGACGAUGAAUUCACCAAGUAUCUCAAGGACUACCCUGAUAACUUCCGAUAUGACCGAGCACUCAGCAGAGAACAAAAGAACAAGAGCGGCGGCAAGAUGUAUGUCCAGGACAAGAUUGAAGAGUACAGUGACGAAAUCUUUAGACUCUUGGAUGAUGGAGCUCACAUCUACUUCUGUGGGCUCAAGGGAAUGAUGCCCGGAAUUCAAGAAACGCUCAAGAGGGUGGCGGACCAGAGAGGCGAGAGCUGGGAAGAGAAACUUGCGCAGCUCAAGAAGAACAAGCAAUGGCACGUUGAAGUCUAUUGAUGUUGCAAAUAUUUGUGGACCUCAUUCAAUGUCUUUAUUGCCAUUUGGGACUACCAAGAUAUGUUCUCUCUCUUCUCAUCCCUUUUGAUCAGAUUUAAGAGUAGCCUAAAUUAGUGUUGGCACUUGGAAUUCAAUCUUGUAUUUUUGAAUAAUUAAGAGAGAACAAGUCUCUGGGAUGAAUCAAAUUAACGAACUGCUUUAAAUUGGUUAUAAAUUUGAAUGUUUUACUUUUACGUUUUCUGAAGUAUUUUACUUGUACGACUACUGCUCAAGGGUAGUGCUAAAAAGAUGCAUUAUUAUGUCAACCACAGUUAUAAUUUUGUUGCGUGAAGCAUUGCGCUUUUUAUGCCAUCA